AUGGACAUCACUCGAUCAGCAAGAAAACGGAGGAAUAGCUCUGUCUCCAACUCGAGAAGCCAUUCUCCAGUCUCACACCGAACAAGGCAAAGCCUCACAGCGGUAUCCGCGGAUGCUGGCGGUAUUCAACAAAAGCCAGUCGCUAUUACACCAAAGAAGGCAAGAAAAAGGGUUCGGUUUUCCGACCCCGGUCCUCGGUUGCUGCAGGAUGCAGCCAUCGGAUCCACCGGCUUGACACCAGCAAUGCGACGUACAUCUUUUCAAGGAUGGGUUGCAUCCUCGCGAUCAGGAGAUCGUACAACUAGCCGCACAGCACGACGCAGGUCCGCUCCCACACCUCGAUUUCGGCGGUCUUACGACCCUGUCGAGCCGUUUGACGAUAGAUGCAAAGAGCGGAGGAUUCAAUUCACUCCACUGCGACAAAUUCUGGAUACACGCACACAAAGACGAAUUUGUCGGAUUGGGUUGAGCGAUGAAAUGAAUCAUAUUCAGCGCGAGAAGCGUGAAACGAGCAACUAUGAGAAGACCAUGCGCAAUCUGAUUCAGGAGCGAGAUGCACUGAAGGAUGAGCUGAGAUCUAUGAAGCAAAGUGGAAUGGGCUUUGAAGACCAAUCCUCGGCGGCAGAGGCCUUUUGGAUGACGCCGGAAACACCUAGGCUUUGUGAUGAUGCAUCCGUGGCUUUCAAUCAUAGCCCGAAUGAGAUCACCCAGGCUAAUGGUGACGAUGACACCUUCAUGUUGAAUGAUACUGCCAUCAUUGUGUCCAGCUCCCCGGAUUUCCGUGGUAUUCAGGACUGCAACCCACCGGUCACGGAUACAUUGAUGCUCGAGGAGGCAUCAACAAUACAUUUAUCUACAGAAGCAUCCGAGGCCCAGUUGCUUGCUGUUGAUCUGGAGACUGCUAGAAAAGAAAAGAGGAACCUCUUUGAUGCCUGCCGAUCGCGCUUCUCUGGGCUCAACGAGCCCGCAAUGAAUAACUUGUUGCGCCAGUCAUCCCCACCUUCGGACUUCUUUGACAACAUUUUGGAGAUUCUGGAAAGCGCCCUGUGUCGUGCGUCUGACGCCGCCGAGGCUCUACAAGGAGUCAGCCAAGAAUGCUCCGGUCUUGGAUUCUCCGGAGAGGGAGUGGAUGCUGUUAUCGCCGAUAUGCGAUCUCAUUUCCGCUCAGCACGCCUUGAACUAGAGCGUGCCAUACCCGGCGAAACCGCCAACGUCAGUCUUGAGGAUGCCAAGGGAACGUUGGGUGCCUUAGUGAGGCGUGUUGAGUCCCUAGCAAAAGACCUGGGUACAGAGCGUAGGUACCACCAGGGCUCCCUUGGCCGCGAAAAGGCCCUCCGAGGUCAAUUUGACGCUUUACUACACCGAUAUGAAGCAGCUGCAAACAAAAUUAACAGUCUCGAGGACUUUAUCGCAUCUUCUGCGGGGGAUAUGCUCCACACACGAAUGCGAAUGCAAGAUCUCGAGCGCGAAGGCCAAGAACAGGCCGUUGGGAUUGACAGAUUAAGCACUGCCCUCGACAAGUAUCACGACGAAGUGAAGGGUCUUGAAGACCUUAUCGACAACCUUGAAAAGGAAAACAUGGCCGCGAAGGAGGACUACGCUCGGCAAAUUUCCAAGCUCAAGAAGCAAGUUGCCCACGAGCGUUCAAAGCGUCUCACUGCCGAAGCUUCUUCUUCCGAGAAUGACGCUCGCAUCGGCGAGUUGGAGAAAACCGUUGAGCACAAUCGAAUUCGGACCUGUGACUUGAUGGCUCAGGUGGAAAUACUCGAAAAGGAGUACCAACGAGCCGUGGAGGCUCUGGAGCAAAGUAAUAGUGAGCUUCAAAAUCAAGAAUCGGAUACCGGCACUCUCAAUGUUCGCAUCUCGGACCUCUCCACGUCAUUGGAUAGCGCCAAAUCCGAGGUACAGCGUCUCCGCCUAAUCAACACAGGCCUCGAAGAGCAACUUCACCAAGAAGUCGAGGCUCGCAAUGAGGUCCUUGAUAAAUGGGCGGCAGACCAAGCACGUUCAUUCGCCCACAUGAAAGAGACUAUCAAUGCAGAGCGCCGGAGAGCCAAGGUCCGCACGGCAAACUGGGAGUUGAAAUCCGACGAUCUCAUGUCAGAUGCCACAACCAUGGGCUGUGGAAGUGAGCCCAUCACUCCUGUCAGCACGACACGAUUUGUAGAUGUCGAAUUUGGUCGGGGCAAGGACCGCCGGCGUAUGGAUAGUGGCAUUGGGAUCCUUACUGAGGAGGAACUCAUGAAGGAUGAUGAGAUAUCAGCCCUACAGCACGGUCUCGACUCUGACAUUGAUCUACCCACAUCUGGUUUGGUUUAA